GAACAGAAAAGUGUGUGUCAAGCACUGUGUUGACACUAUGAAAGUAUUCUAUCACUGUGGUGCCUGACAUAUAUUUUUCUGUCCACCUGAAAACGACUUUGUGGCCAUAAUCGGACAUUUGUAGUUAAAUGAAUGCAUGUUAAUAAAUAAACGUAGUCAAGGUGGAAAUAAACAUGUUGCCCAUCAGUCGAUGUUGAGUGUUGUUAGGUCCCUGACAGGAGCAUAUGGUAUUUUGUCUUUUGGUAUCAUAUUGCGUACAGUAAUGGUACUUAUUGCAACAAAUUAUUCAUCAAUUUCAAAAAUAUGGCUUUCAUUAAGAGAUGCUACAUUAUUUCUGUAUAAAUUAUUGUUUGGUGGCUAAUAAGUUAUAUCAAUCAAAACAAUCAAUUUUGGAAAAUAUAAUGUAAUGGGAUAGAUCAGAAAUCUACUCAUCAGUAGGCAGCUGGAGAACACACAGAUAAGAGGUAUUAAAGUUCCAAGCUCCCAGAGUCAGUGGCUCCUUCUUCAGGCGGAAGAGUUAAAGCGGAAGGAAGAGGAGUGAAGGUAAAGGACUAGUGGAGUUUAGGUAAAGGGGUAGAGUUCAGAAAAGUCACCCAGAACCCUGGGACGAGAAGGAAACACUAGCUGGUCAAAUCUUCUGACUGCUAUCCAGUUAGAACAAGGGACUGUGUCACUUGACAAAACAUUAAGGAUAAUGAAUCACUGAAGGCAAAUAUUUAGGGACCAAAUAUCUGUAUGAUUAAAUAUGAAACCUACGGAUCAACUGAACCUACUGAUACCAGAUGUCUGCUUCAUCCUGUAACAUAAUAAUGGAAUCACAGCUGACAAAAAGAUGUGAAACUCUUGAAAAAGCUACGCAGACUGAGACUGAUGAAGUUGUGGACACUCCUUGGAUAACAGGAAGCUCACAGAAUGAGACUCUGUCUUUAGCAGAACAAGUCAAAGAAGCUGCUGAAAGUGCUCUACAGAGUACAAACUUUGUAUAUGAAGAGACAUCAGGAAUGUAUUAUGACUACACUACUGGAUAUUAUUAUGAUGCUGAAAGAGGAUUAUAUUAUGAUGGAAAUAAUGGCAUUUAUUACUCCUACGACAGUGGAAGUGGUGAAUAUUUGUUCCAUUCCCAGAUUGAGCAAAAUCAAAAUGUACCCUAUGAAGCAGAGGAAAAGAAACGGAAGAAACUCAACAAGAAGAUAAGUAAAGAAAACAAAAAGUCUAAGACAGAAGAAAUUACAAAUGAUGACUGUGAUAAUGAAGGAAAGCAGGAUAGGGAUGACAACCGGGAAGAGGGUGAAUGCUCUGACAGCAGUCCAGAUGACAGUAGUAGCGAUAGCAGCAACAGUGACGAAUUAAAAGAAAAUCUUUUAGACAGUGACUGUUCAAAAGCUUAUCCACCAUGCAUGCGGAUUGUAGUGAAAGAAACAAAUGUGGAAAAAUUGAAGAUUGGUACCUUAUUUAUUGUGACAUAUACUGGAGGAACACUGGGUCGUGAAGGUGACCAUUCUGUGCUUAUUCCUGACAUCAACGUAAGCAAAUUCCACGCGAAAUUAAGUUUUGAUGAUGGAAAAUAUAGUAUAAUUGAUUUUGGUAGCAGAAAUGGCACUUAUCUAAAUGGUUCUCGUUUAUCUGCAUGUAAACAAGAAAGUGAACCAUUUGAAGUGGUGCAUGGAAGUAUACUGCAGGUGGGGGGAACGAAGCUUUUGUGUCAUAUCCAUUUGGGUCAUGACACAUGUGGACAUUGUGAACCCGGUCUCUUGCAGCAGGUGUCCUCUGAUAGAAAUGAGGAGAAGCUGACAAAAAGAAGUAUCUCUUACAAAACUGGGCUCAAACAACUCCAACGAAAAUUAUGCCCCCGAAUUCCUGAUCCAAGAGGCAAUGACGAUACCAGAUACCAAGAUAGAGCUGAACUAAGGCGCUGCACUGUUGGAUCUCAGAAUGAAAAUGAAAAGACAUAUACCGCCUCUUUGGAUGAGCCAAUUAAAUCAGAUAAUAAGGGCUUCAAGCUAUUAUCAAAAAUGGGUUGGAGUGAAGGAGAACCUCUGGGAAAAGAGAAGGCUGGAAGCACGGAACCGAUACCGCUGUCGGAGCAGCGCGGCACCGCGGGCCUGGGCAGCGACGCUCCGCCCCCACCGCCUUCUGGAGACGCCGCCGCCGCGCGCCGUUCCCAGCGCUGGAAGAAGGCGAAGCAGCGGUACGAGGCACUCAGCUAAUGCUGCUGCCACCGCCCGCGCCGUCGUUCGCGGAACAGACGUGACGGGUUUGAAUGAUGAUUCUGCGCACCUCACCCCCGUGCCUCGUGAGAUGCAGUAUGUUUCAACUUCCCGUCUAAUUGCAUUUUUAGUUUGUUUUCGCGCCGUUGUGUGUACUAAGACUUUUUCACACCACAAAAGCGAUGAAAAUGACCCCACUAUAUUCAGAUUUUCUUGAAGGAUGAUUCCACACACUAGGUGAGAUACAACACCGAGUGAAUUUUGUCGAACGUCCCGCCCCCUCUUGUCUUCGAAGGAGGAGCAGUUUUCACCUGGAGUCAUGACAGACUUGUGAGUAAGUAAUGGAGUUUAUAAAUUCUAGAAACGUUGCACGAAGGGGAAUAACGAAUAAAUCGCAUUCAAGAAGAGAGUGGCGUCUUAAGAUUGUUGGAUUUACUGUGCGAGUAACUAAUCAAUUAGCCUGGAAUCAACUGGCGAUGUGUAACUAGAUUGUGAUUGGAAAGAAUACAUCUUUAAUCACAGUUAACGCGUUCUCCCAGCAAACUGUUUUGUUCUUUCUUGAAAACGUUUGAUGAUGCAAAAUAUGGCAAGAUAGAACGAGGAAUGUUGGAAAAACAAAACACUGAUGAUGGUGUUCAUGAUCCAAGGAGCCAUUUCACAAUAAAUAAAAUAACAUUCAGAUUUUUAUUGUAAAUUUGUUAAGUGUGAAGAUACAUAUAAUAAAUAAUUUCCCGUGAA